GCAGCUGUCCGAGCUAACACUGUUUCUUUGCAAGCAGGGAGUUGUAUUUUACGAUCGCAUGGACGUCGCGAAAUUAAUUUCUUCUACUUAAGGUCGAGGAGGAAAUUAACGAGCUUCGGGCGAUUGAAAAAUUCUAACUCGGUUGCUUUGAAAAAAAAAAUUGAAAAAUGGCGAUGACGGAAAAACGGACGAAUGGCCAUGUGGUGCCAUUUGAGGUCCUGGAAAUGAAGAUGGAGAGACCAGUGAAAAUAGUGUAUCCCAGACGCCGCAUCCCGAGCAUCAUGCACUUUCAGUCCGAGGCCGUGAGGUUGGAAACUUAUGGCACAAAAUGGCCGAGCAAGAAUGUCUCCAAGGAAGACCUAGCACGCAGUGGUUUUGUAUACAGUCACAAGACGGAUCAAGUCAAGUGCUUCUUCUGUAAAGGACAAAUCGCUUGUUGGGAGGCAGGUGACGAUGUAGACGUAGAACACAAGAAAUCCUACAGGAAUUGUCCCUUGGCCAACGGAAAAUCUGCCGUCAACAUCCCCAAGGAUGGAAAGGAAUUCGAAAAAAUCAACCAAUACAUUCUGAACCAGUUGGAUGAAGCAGAACCCCCCACGAACAGGACGAAAUAUCAGACAGAUGCAAAAGCUAUUGCAGACAAAGCGAUACCGUCAAAAUUCGAGGAAUUCGUCAACAAGAACAAGCGCAUUGCAUCGUUCGAAAACGCCCCUGCCUGCUUGCCUAAAGCUGCCGUCAUGGCUGAGGCGGGCUUCUUCUACUCUCAGUUUGCGGACUUGGCUCAAUGCUACUGUUGCGGAGGAGGAAUAAUCAACUGGGCUAGCGACGAAGACCCUAAGGCCGUCCACGAUGCCCUCUAUCCCAAGUGUGCUCUUGCUGAGAAAGAUGAGACUCAUGAAGAAGAGGAGCCCGUGAUCAACGCUUCGGGAGAGAAGAGGAAGAGGAAAAUCAGCCUAGAAGAGAUAAAACAGGAUUUAUUGAACUUUCCUUGGAUCAGGAACGUCCGAGGUAUUUAUUCUGAUGAAGUCAUUGGAGACGCUCUUUGUGAAGACCUGGCAACGUACGGCACGCUCCCCUACACAGUGGACCAAGUGUACGAGAUUGUGGACGAUUACGAGAGCCGCCAGUAAAAGGGGGAGGAUGCCUUACCCCCCGCGGAGGGAGGUCUUUGCUUUGCGGCAAGCCGCGUCGAACGGGGUCAGCAACGCGGCUGUUUUCGAACGCACUUAUGGUUUUAUUCUUCAUUUGAGAAAAAAUCGUGAUUAUAGAAUAUUGCCAUAUCGUCCCAGCACCAAAGAUAUUGGUCUGCGCGAAGUUGGUGAGGAGAUUCGGAAGUUUCCGAUUGCGUUCAUUCAUUUUCUCAUUUGACAGGUAAAAUGGUCCAAAUUUGUCCGAGGACGACUGUCAUGACAAAAAUCAGAGCAGGGAAACUCAAAAAUUAUCAUGUAUCUUUGCUCAGAAACAAGUUUGAAUCACAGAAUAAUGAUAAUUUCAUAAUAAAAUCAUUAGGUUCGCAUGCUCUUUCUCACAGGUAAAUUGGUAAGUUUAUGAUAAAUUGGAAGUAGCAUCAGAUGAUUUUCAGUACAAAAUUAGUUUAAAUGCAUUUCGACGACUUCUUUAGAUGUUUACUUCUUCCGACUUCCGUGCAGAGAGGAAUCCUGUGCAGAUCGUUUCUUUUAAUUAAUAACUUUGAUUGCGUUGAUCGAGACCGUGAGAAUUUUAUGGCCAAGAUGCUUCUCGUUAAUCUAUUCGCAUUAACUCAUGUAUUGAAUGAUUUAAAUCUAUUUAGUCGACCAUGAUUCAGCUGCAGGAUUGCUAACCUAAUCAAGUUGAGUUCUGAAGACAGAAUUGAUUCAACAAUGUCGAAAUCACCUGGAAAUGCGAAUAAAUACGCAACUGCAACAACAGUUUAUAUUCAUUUGAAAACUCUGGUUCAAUAAUAUUUGUACUUGAACCUAGACGCUUAAUUCUGUAGAAAACUUUAACGAAAUGCUCAUGAAAUGAGCUUUUCGACAUUUUUGAAGAUGCUGUGAUGUUUUGUUACAAUCUUUUGUCUUAGAUUUACGGAUUGGGUGUACAAAAAUUAUAUACUUUCCUUCAAAAAUUAUAAGCACUCUCUGCAUUGUUACUAGUCAUGCAAAUGCAUUUAUGUUUCUUUGUUAUAAAAUCAGAAAAUUCGUCGGAAAAGUAGAAAUGUGCAGGCAAGCGUAAAUUCACAUAUUCAUAUUUAUUUUACGUUGUUGUACAAUUUGUAAUUAGUAUUAAAGUUUGUAAUAAUUUGUUAAAUAAUAGUGCACGAAAAGUUUGUUGGCCUCCUCGAAUUUGCUAUCGCAUUUUCUGCAAUUUCCCUAACAUAUUUUUUACAUUUCAGAGGCACAUUAAACGAACAGACGAAAUAUUAAACGAAAAAGUAACUGUGAGUUUUUUGAUUGGAUAAUUUGUUUUAUUUUCAGGUAGAAUUUGGAGAGCCAUAUAAUUAUAAGAGAAUGGCCGAUCGGAGAAUAUCCACGAAAAUUCGUAAAAA